AUGUCCAUUGUUUAUCGAAUGCCAUACUUUUCCCGUAAAGGUAUCCCGAGUACAUACAAGCUGAAACUUUACUCACCCAUCGCCGAUUGUCAAGAAUACCGAUAA